UAUUGUUUUUCUCUGAUUAACGUUUGAAUAGACAAGAAUGAGCUAUUUAUCUUUUGAAGAAACGAUUAAACGCGAUGCUGCUAACGUCGUUCGGUCUUUAACGAUCUUAUUUGUGUCCUAAUGUUUGUGGAUUGAAGCGGAGACGGUCGAGUUUGAGCAGCAACGCCCUGAUGAGAGCCACCCUGACGGAGAAAAAUAUCCUCGCUGUGUUUACAAACCGACUCCGAGAAAUUGUUUCCCCGCAGUGUGUCGUUAGCUAAUCGCUCUCUGUGUAUUUCAGACGAAUAAGAAAACAUGGCUGAACUGCAUGUAGUGGAACCGAGUGGCACUGGCACCAUAGAGCAGCCCGAGCACCGCGACGUCCGCGGCUCUAUGCGCCUGGCUUCGCCCACUCUCAUGGUUCCUCCGCGGGGCAGUCAGCUCAGUCCCGGCGGGGUGUCGAGCGGUAGCGGCGGCGGCGGUGGUAGUGGACGGUCCGUGUUCGGGUUCACGGUAAAGAGCAACCCGAGCUCCCCGUCCGAACCGGCGGAUAAGCCGGGCUCACGCUGGGUUCGACUGAACGUCGGUGGGACUUAUUUCAUCACGACCAAACAAACGCUGUGCAGAGACCCCAAAUCCUUCCUGUUCAGACUGUGUCAGGAAGACCCCGACCUGGACUCUGAUAAAGAUGAGACAGGAGCCUACCUGAUCGACAGGGACCCCACAUACUUCGGCCCCAUCCUCAAUUACCUCCGACAUGGGAAACUGAUCAUGGACAAGAAUCUGGCAGAGGAAGGUGUUCUCGAGGAAGCUGAGUUUUACAACAUCGCCUCCCUGGUGAGGCUGGUUAAAGAGAGGAUACGGGACAACGAGAACCGGACUUCUCAGGGCCCUGUGAAGCACGUGUAUCGAGUACUUCAGUGCCAAGAGGAGGAGCUCACACAGAUGGUCUCCACCAUGUCUGAUGGUUGGAAGUUUGAGCAGCUUAUAAGCAUCGGCUCUUCUUAUAACUACGGAAACGAAGACCAGGCAGAGUUUCUAUGUGUAGUUUCCAGGGAGCUCAACAACUCCACCAAUGGCAUCGUCAUCGAGCCUACUGAGAAGGCCAAGAUCCUUCAAGAGCGAGGCUCUCGGAUGUGAAGAGAUCCCGUUUCUGAGUUAAACACACUUAACAACAAUAACAAGACAAAUCCUUCAGUUUUUAUCAACCAGCAUCCUCAUCAUCAUCAUGGACAACAUCAUCAACCUCCUUCCCUCCUCUGGUGUGCCUUUCCACAGCGGGAGCUCCCUGAUGUCCCUUCCUCCUCCCUCUCCUCCUCCAGAGCUGCGACUCGACCCUGACUUGUCUCCUUGUUUGUUCUACUCCAUCGCAGGCUGUGGGACGCUUCAGGGGAUUUUAAAAAGGAAUCAAAUGAGAAGGUUUUUUUUCACAGCAGCUUUUUGAUGGUCAGUGUCGAUACGGUGCAGGAUAUGGUGCUGAUUGUAGCCCCUUCUUAUUAUCAGUGGGCGGAUGUCCGGCUCAAAGCUACUAAGGAUCAUCUUCAUGGCUCCCAUCAUCGCUUUUAACCCACAGGAUACUUCCUCUUGGCUCUGUCGACUCAGCAGAAAUCUCCUCAGGACUCUCACAGGACAUAAAGGAAUGAACACAACUCCUCUGACAGAGCAUCUUUCUUUACGGGGGGAGCCUCGCCGCCUCCCUCCCUGCACUCCCAGAACCCUCGGCUGACGUCUGAGGUAAAAAAGUGUUGCUACAAACCGAGCCAGGAGCAGAUUCAGAUCGCUGCAUUUGAGCCAGUCUGGCGCAGCAUCUCCUCAUCUUUCUGAGUAUUUAAAAACAAACAUGGACUUGUUUCCACACUUUUUCUGUUUCCUGAUUUCCGGUCUCGGCUCAACCUCUCUCCUGCCAGGGAGAAAAAUUCUGGAUAUUUCCGUGCUAAAGAAAACAGAAGACUCAAAAAGACUUCAUCUGUGUACAAUUUGUCAAGGCAUGUGAGGAAUCUAUAUAAAUCUAUAUAGGCUACAUGAUGAAAUUAUAUGAAAAAUCGAAUGCAAAUGGUGUAAUUAUUGAUUUCUGUAUCAUAGUUGUCAUAUAUUUACAUAUUCUGGUGGGUGAGUCUAUUUAAAGGACAGAGAAAAUAUCAUAUUUUUCAGUUUAUGGAAGGUUUCCUGCCCGGUAUCAUGGAUGUGAGUUUGUGUUUGCAGUGCCUCUCUGCUUUCUGUCCAUGACUGAAUUAUCACAGCUGCACGUUUUCUGUAGUGUUACUCAAAGAAAACCCAGAGAUCAUCUAUAUGUUUUCUCUUAAAUAUCCUUCUUUGAUCUCUUGCAUAUCUUAAAAUUGUAAUAUGGGAUAAGGAAAUUAUUUAUUAUUGCCGUUUGUCCUGAUAAGCAGGCAUGGUGGAGAUUAGACUGUGGCCAGUUUGGAUGCUGCCUCAAAAAACCUACCCCCCCCCCUUCUCUUUCUCUUUCACGCUACUCUCACAUCACUUUGCAGCUGCCUCUGUUGCCACUCCUCACUUUAACACCUAAAUAACUGUGUUUUCUUUCAUUGUGCAGCACUUGUAGCAACUUUGGCAAAGCUGAAUUUUACCCACCAUGCUUUUAACUGCAGGACACGUGAGAUUACAUUGUCACCGACGUUUUCAGAGCCUGCCAGUGAGACGUGUCUUCAGCUUUGUGAGCUUCAGAGUGAAGCUUUUAUUUCAGAUGUUCAGUUGCUUUCUUGUGUUGAUUGAAUCCAUCUUGGCUGAAUUAUACACGUAGUAUUUGGAGGCAGUAGGUUGCUUUUUUGAUAAGUGCUGUUUGAAGACUUUUAAAAACACUGGAACAACAUGGAAGGACGUAUUUAUUGGCCUUGAUCCUAGCUUGUGUUUGCAGAAAACCUGUUGAGUUUAUCAUAAAAAAUUACUGACUCUCAGCCUGAAUAUGAUCAAACAUAUUCAUAGGUAACAUAGACAAGGAUUCCAUCAAUUUUGGGAGUGUAAAAAUGAUCUGGCCUCCCCUUAUAAUGUACAUUUACCAAAAGUAAGGGCAGCCAUCCAUCGGUACUGAUCAGUAAGAAUGCACAAUGUUAUUGGCAUGGUAUUCGUAUGGGCAGAUCUUAGCUCAAAGAGGUUUAUUAUUAUCAGCAGACACAAAAAAUCUCUGCUGAUUUACAAGCAGCAUACCCACUGUGAAAAUCAGCCUAUGCUUGCUGUAAUAUCAAUCUGUAUUUGCUGUAAUAUCAGUCUGUAUUGGCAUAGAUUGGUUGUAAAUGUCUGCCUGUAUUGGCUGGAAAUAAUAGCCUUAAUUGACCUCUGUAUGCCGGGAAUCAUGGCCUUUUUUGGCUUAUGUUGGCUCAAAAUAUUGUCCUGGUUUUGCCUGUUAGUGUGUUAUAUCAGCCAGUAUUGGCCCAUAUUUACUGUAGAUAUAAGCCUUUAUUGGACUAUAGCCCUGGUAAAUGUCAGCCUGUAUAGGCCUGUAUUCGCUGUUAUUCUUGGACAGUAUUAGCUAUAAAUAUCAGCCUAUAUGGGCCUAAGUCCGUUGGAAAUUUUAGAUUGGGUUCGUCUAUAUUAGCCGGAAAUAUAAGCCUGUAUUGGCAGAUAUAUAAGCCUAUAUUGACUGAAAAAAUUGGCCUAUAUUGGCCCAAGUUGGCUGAAUAUAUUGAAUUGUAUUUGCUGGAAAUAUAAGCCCAUAUUAGCCUUUAUUGGCUGUAAAUGUAUGCCUAUAUUGGCUUAUAUGAGUUGAAAUGAUCAACCUGUAUCACCCUGUAUUGGCUGGAAUUCAUGGCCUAUUCUGGCCUUAGUUGGCUGGAAAUAUUGUCCUGGUUUUACCUGUACUUGUGUGAGAUAUCAGCCUAUAUUGACCCUUUAUUGGCAUACAGUCCUUGUAAAUGUCAGCCUGUAUAUUCCUAUAUUGGCCAGUAUUGGCUAUAAAUAUCCACCUAAGUUUGUUGGAUAUUUUGGAUUGGGUUUGUCUAUAUUAGCUGGAAAUAUAAGCCCAUAUUAGUCUUUAUUGGUUGUAAAUGUCUGCCUGUAUUGGCCUAUUUUGCCCUUAGUUGGCUGGAAAUAUUGUCCUGGUUUUUGCCUGUACUGGCGUGGGAUAUCAGCUAAUAUUGAUCUAAAGUGACUGUAGAUUUGAGCCUUUAUUGGCCAAUAUUCAUUGUAAAUAUUAGCCUGUAUGUUCUGAAAAUGUCAGCCUUUAUAGGUCUAUACUUGCUUUUAAUGAUGGCCAUAUAUUGCCUUUAAUUAUUGGGCUAUAUAGGCUGGAAAUCUCAGUCUGUAUGGGCCUGUAUUAGCUGUUAUAAUGGCCAGUAUUGCCUGUAAAUAUCAGCAGGUAUUGGAUUAAGUUUGCUGGAAAUAUUGGACCGAGCUAACCUCUACUGGCUGGAAAUAUAGGCCGAUAUUGGCCUGUGUUGGCUGUAAUUAUCAGUCUGUAUUGGCUUUUAUUGACUAUAAAUAUGAACAAUUUUGAACAUUUUUUCUUUGUUCCUAUUUAAACAUUUAAGUGUAUUUUAAGGACUGAAGUUUUAGAUUUAUAUUGGUAUCAGUAUGGGUAUUGGCUAGAAUGAAUGCCUAAAUAUUGACAAAAACCCAAUAUUGUGCAAUCCUAAGGAUAUUUUUUAUGUUUUGACAUGGAAGAUAUUUUAGCUGAUAUUGACAGUUUGCAAACAGACCAGGAAAGCAGCAACAGCAAAAUUGCACAUUUUUAUAUGCAACCAAAAAAAGUCUUAUUUUGACUCUGAUUUACAUCAGUUUAGUGUCUGAAAAUAGUCUUAAAAGGCUGUUUUUUAGUUUGUAAACUCAAAUUUCUCAGCAGUCAAACUGCACUGACAUUCAAAAUGAAUCGAAAUUUAACAGAGAAAUCUGCAAACAUGUUGCUGUUGAGACUCUGAAGUCAGUGAUUUUUUUUUUUUUUUUUUUUUUUGCCAUUCCUGACUGGACCGUUUGAUUAACUGUCUAUUCUCUUUUAAAGCGUAAACAGGAGGUUGAAAUGUUGUUCCUGGUGUUGAUGCAGCCUUGUCACAUGAGCAUCAUACUGUAAAGUUAGAGCCGUAUUCUAACCUGUGGGAUGGAGAUGUGAUUCUUUCAUUAUGCCCAUCUUUCAGACUGACCUUGCAUUAUUACCACUGCCCCUCAGAGUUAACGUGGUUGACGUACAUAUAAUGGCUUUUAUCACUUUGAUGCACCAUCCUUUGUAUAAAGUUAAUUUAUAUCAGCAUGAACAAAAAGAAUGCCAGAAAAACUGUACCUUUGCUGUCGUCAUGCUCUCUGACCGUGUUCAGUCAGAGCUCAAACUUUGAUGUGACUUCUUCUUCUUCUUCUUCGUUUUUGGUUGUUUUUCCUCUCGACUGUGUGUCGUGCAGUUAUACUCUGCUAAUCUGAGUCGUGAGCAGACUGUGUGCUGCUAAAAACGCCCAAACGUCUCAUUGAGGAGCACUUUUCUUCUCCUUUUGUUGUUCUCUGGGCCUUUGCAAAGCACCUUGGGUGUCGUUUCCCUUCGUCUGUGUCCAGUGUUGUGCCUUUGACCUGUGUUGUGCACAGUUGUUCUCCCCUCUUAUCAUAAAGGUGCCUCUCUUACCUUAAAAAAGCCCAGAGGCACCUACCUGAGGUAUGAUGUGUAACACGGUUGUUAGCUUGAUUUAUGUUGUUCGUGUUUCAGUGAGAGGCAAGCCAACAAAUCCAUCGUCCACUGCUUUAUUUGAACUUUAUUACACACACUAAAAACUGAAGCUCUGCUACUUUUGUGCCAUUGCUUUUGAGCUAAAUCAACCCUUAAUCACAUGAUUGAAAACUGUGUCUGAAUCUGCUGUGAACAUUGUUGAUGAUGGUUGUUUUUGUGUUUACUAUCAAAUGGGAGGAAAGCAGGAAGACCAGUCAAAGCAGGUUUCUCUCCUCUGCUUUUAUCUUAGUAAAACUCCAGCAGUGCACUUCUUAACAGAAAUCAAUCUGACGUCAAACUUGCCAUCAUUUGGCCUCUUGUUUAUUUCUUGAGUUGCAUGCUGAAGCAAUCCCUGAUGAUUGAAGUUUUAGAUGUGUGUUUUUGACUUUGAAGCACUUAUUCCUGUCACCUUUGUGAACCCAGUUUUAUCUUAACCUUGAUCGUUCAGUGUUCAGGUUGGUGGUUCCCAAUCUGAGGGCGAGACAAGACCCAGGAAGAGUUCUCAAGAUAGUAAGCAAGACAGAUAACCAAAAUAUUUUAUGCUCUUAAUAUUACUUUUUGUGAUUUAGUCUUCCAUCUAAAAUGUCUUUAUAUUAACUUCUAUUGGUACCUUUCCAUGCGUGGUAACGGCUUGACUCGUCUCAACUUUUUUGUGACUUUCCAAAAGGAAUCAUACCUGCUACGUGGUACUUUAUAUGUUUGCACCUCUACAAUGGUUCCAAGAGAGCUUAAACGAUACUUACGUGACGUCAGGUCACUGCUGACAAUGGACUGAUUUAGAAAACUUAAGAGGGAAAUAAUGCAAUAUUUUUAUUUUAAUGUUUUAUUUUAUGCUUUUAUUGAUAGAGAGGACUGUAGUUGGUACGAUAAAAGUAUACUUAACAGUCUUAUCUUGAUCAAAGCAUAGAUUUUCCGCUCAAGCUUCCUUGAGGGUGCAAUUUCCCUCUCCGAGAAUCUGCACUGAAGAUCUGUUUCUUCUGUGUGUUUUUGGCCAGUCAUGACUUAUCAUACUAGUAUCAAACUCAGUAAUAAACAUCAUGAGGGGUCCAGGAAUAUGGAGUUAAAUAUUUCAAUCACCCCCUUGUGGUUGGCUGCAGUAUAGCUGACAGGGGCUGAUUUUACAAGGAUAAAAGGUCAGAUAAAGGACAUAAUAUUUCUACAAGAAUAUGUCAAUCAUGCCAAAAUAUUGAUUUCAUUGUAGGUAAUUUCAAUGUCUGGCCCCCACAGUGCCUAUUAAGAAAAACCUGGCCCUUGUGCAAAUGGAGUUGCCUCUCUGAUGCAGGGGUUCUCAACCUUUUCAGCCCCCAAAAUAAAGGUGCCAGAGACCGGGGGCCCCCACUGUGCCUGAAGGUGGCAGAACACAGCUAUGCACAUUCAAGAAUAGUCAUGUCACCCAUUAGGGGGAAAAUGGGAGAGCUCUCUGGAGGCCAGCAAAAUCAUUGUCCAUUUUAAAGUUAAGCAGUGGUAUUUUAUAUUUAACCUGAAU